AUAUGAAAAAAAAAAUCACUGAGGUCUUAAGGUUAAUUAUUUCAAAAAGGUCUUCUUGCCAGUUGUUAAAGCCAAUUUGCAUUUUGAAACUGUCCUGCCAGCAAGCAGUUCUUCUUACGUUUUCGCUUGGUGAAGUUUGUGCCAAGGGAUGUUUGCCAACUUUACACCACGAGUUGACCAACUCAAGCGAACAAGAGAGCAACUUGAACGGUCAUUGAAUCUCUUAAUCGAAACGAGAAACGAUCUUCGCAGCUUUCUUGACGACGAAUGCACAACCUCCGAAGAAUGGCGAGAUUUUCAAAUGGUUUCCGAGCGAGUGGAUCAGCUAAACGCUUCUGCUGUUCAACUAACAGAAAGAGCAAACAGCAAACUACAAAUUGCCUUUGUUGGCUCCGUGAGCGCCGGCAAGUCAACUCUAAUAAACACAUUACUGGGAGAAAAUAUCAUGCCCGUCACAAGGGGUGAAACAUCCUUUUGUAACGUGGCGAUCUCUGGGACUAUGGAUGACCAGUGGAAAGCGAUUGACAGACGCUCCGGCAAAACGCUAGAUAUCACCGAAUUUAAACAACUUCUUCACGUACUUAAAGCGAAAGAUAAGAGGGAAAGACUCGGCAUUACUCCUUCCAGCAUCAUAGAUGUUAAAUGGCCUUCAAGCCGAGCCAAAGCCCUGGUGGAAAGCGUUGUGUUAUAUGACACUCCAGGUAUAGGCGAACGUAAGGAUACAGAUGAUGCUGUUAUCGAUCUUUGCAAGACUGUAGAUGUGAUUAUCGCUGUAAUGGAUAUUCAUAGCCCUACUUUGCGAACGGUAAGAGAAAAUGAAAAUUAUGAUAUCCUUCUAGACUGAAUCGUGUGCUCGUCGUUUUGUUUGUACACCAGCCUUUGUUCAUUUCACCAUUGUUAUGAAAACCACCUAUUAGAAUAGACCUUGUCACGGUUUUCGACGCCAUCGAUAAUCUAAUGUCGAAUAAUUUCCGUAGAACGGCCGUUCUGAAAAAAAUAUGAAUUGUAAACUAAAGCUUCAAUCCUACGGAUUCUACAGAAAAAAUCGAAGGCUUUACAUGGGCUAGAAGACCUAGAACCACUUUUUAAAAUUAUCCAUACAUUUGUCUGUUAGAAAGUCCCGGGAAAAAUUACAGACAAAUAUAUGGAAAAUCUAAAGCAAGCCUCUGGAGAAAUUUAAGCACAGGUACUUCCCACCCAAUUUUUUCAGUACAAUCCUUUGCUUUGUAGCUUUAGUCUACAAUCCAUGUUUUAUUUUUUUUCAGAACGAGCCGUUCUACGGAAAUUAUUCGACAUUAGAUUCUCAUACAAACACCGUAAUUUUUCACCCGUUUGCCUACUCGUCAAGAUGGCGUCGAAAACCGUGACAAGUUCUAUAAGAAGGACUCUUUACUGACAUGUAUUUCAUAUAUACAGAAGUAUCACACACGAAGAAGCAAUAAAUUAUUUAUCUUACCUUUACUAUAAGGGUAAGAUCAAACUGAUUCCUGAGCUUAUUCUCACCAGUUCGAAAUUCAUACUGGUCAGUAGAUUGUUAUUUUGCAAUCGCCUGGAUCAUAUGGGCCGCCAUCUUGAUCAAUUAUACAAGGAUGGGAGAAGGGAGCCUCUUGACUGAUUGAGAAGAAACUAUCUAUCUCCAAUGGAAGUGAAUAUGGGAAUUUUGUAUAUCUGAGCUGCUGGGAAAGUUUUAACAAGGGAGAGAUGACUAGUGUUAGGCUAUUUUAUUAAAAGCUCAGAGAAUUUGAAAACAAUGUUCCUUUGGGAAGCAUUCAUUUGCUAUUUCGAAUUGCUGAUUUUGGACUAUGUGACUCUUGUUGCUCAAUUUCCCCUCAAGUUUAAAUUUUAUUAACCUAAAAGCCGUUUUCAAACAUAACAUCCCAGACAUAACAAGAAAUGAGAAACUUUGAAAAAAGGAUAAAAUUAAGCCACCAUAUUUUCAUCCUUCGUUACAAUAAGUAGCUGCCUUUGAUACAGGUCAUUGACUUCGUGACGUCUGUAAACUGCUCCUUCACUCUUGGAGCCUUUACUAAGUGGGACAUGUUCAGAGGAGAUAACUUUUCUGAGGAGUAUGGAGAUGUAACAACAGAAGACAUCAAGGAGCGUUGUAUUACAGAAUUCAUGAAGGCUGUGGCGGACAGAGGAAAAGUUUAUUUUGUUGACUCUCAUUCACAGAGGAAAGCAAGAGCGCAUUCCUCUAUUAAGGUAAGUGUUACCCUCAGGGAAGAAUAUCACAACGUCUUAAAGCAAUAUAAAACCUUUUAAAACAUAAGAGAAACGAAUACCAUAGCCGACAAGGUCUGUGAACUUGAAAAUACUGUCGGACACUCGGACAGUAAGAGCUUUUGGAACUGUUUGGAGUCAAUAGACGACACGAUGAAGGAAAUCUACACCCCUCCAAUUUCUGAGGGGAAAUGGAUGUCCCACUCUCAAUCUCUACACUCGAAUGAACCCCUUAAUGAACAUUAAGAGGCAAUUAUUGAUGAGUUGCAGAAUGUAGUAGAUAUUAUAACACGAUCUCACUCCUUGGAUUACCUCAUUACUGAAAAUGAAAUUCGCAAAAACAACAAUUCUUAUAUUUCAGACAACCUCAAAAACGAAAUGACCAGAUCUAGCCUAAACUAAUAAGUGCCUGUUUAUAAAACUAUUUAACACGGUCUUCGACUUACUUGGAACUAUGCCCCAAACGUGGUGUGAUGGCCCUAUAUUAUACCAAGUCUUAAAUUAAUACUACUAAAAACGAUCCAUCAAACUACCGGGGAAUUUGUAUUUCCAGUUGUAGUGGAAAACUAUUUUGCUCAAUUCUCAAUCAGAGACUUCUUAAACACGUUGACUAGCAUAAUAUACUUCACAAGUCUCAAAUUCAAAUUUUUAACAAAUAGAUUCCAUGUUGCCGUGCAUCUGUUCAGUAAUAAAAUCACAGAUGACGUCAAAAUGUUGUAAAACAGAGAAGUAGCACUCGAGCCACAGGCGAGUGUGUCACUGUUGUUUUUUCUUUCUUCUUUUUCUUUCUUGUUUUUUCUUGCACAAGGGAGAAUAAUGGCGAAAACAUUUUGCAAAACAGCGAGUCUCUCGUAGAGAGGACACACGAUGGCGACUGUUGUGAAGAUUUCUUGUAAUUUAGGCAUUCCCAAGUAGUCAAGAGCUUUUUUUUCCGUUUCUCCAUUUUUCUUCUUUGUAAAUAGCUCCUGCUAAACUUUUUCGAGGUUUUCACUCGCUUGAAUCCAAAAAAAUCUCACAAACAUUUUCAAAACCGCGCGUUAUGUUGAACAAAACAAAGAAAACAAAUUUCCCGUGACGUCAUCCAUGUAUCUAUACUCUAACAGAUCAUGGGCAACGACCAAUCACAUCGCGCGUAGCAUUUGCAUAAUAGUAAAACAAAUAAUAGAACAGCACUUUGAACAUUAAUAAAUAAAUAUGUCCAUUGCCACUAGGAGAAAAUAUACCCGUGGUUUGUAGACUUUAGGAAAGCUUUGAAUUCGGAUUGGCAUGAUGGGCUUCUCUACGGUUAUCUUAAAUCAAUGUCCAGCGGAAUACAUCGGACAGACUAAACGAGCCUUAAGAGACAGAUUUGGAGAACACCGCAGAGCGAUACAAAACAAAAUUGACGACGUCGUACCGUAGCCUUUUUAUCAACCCGGACACCAACUUAAAGACAUCGAACUUAUCAACGCCAAAAGAGAAUCCAUACGUAGAGCCCGCGAACGUUUUUCCAUUGAAAAGGCACAAACUGUGAAGCCACAGGGAAUAAACAGAGAGGACGACCGUUAAGCCAUUUAUGUACUCAUUCAUUUCAUUAUUAUUAUAUCCUUUAUUUUAUAUUAGUUUAUUUUAUUAUUAUUGUUAUUACGAUUAUGAUUAUAUUUGUUUAUAUAUUUUUUAUUAUUUCCAAUAUUUUUAUUUUUUAUUUUUUAUUUUUAAUUUUAAUUUUUAAAUUUUUACCUCUUAUUUUAUUUUAUUAUUUUAUUUAUUUUGUUAUUUGUUUUUUUUUAAGUUUCCAGUUACCAAACUCAUUUGUCUUAAUCCUUUCUAAUUAUUGGCCCAUUUAGUUUUUUAUAUUACCUUUGUAUCAAAUUUCCAAUUGCUACUCGUAAAUAAUGACCUCAAUUAGCAAUUAGUACUUUCGUGCUAACUACAUCAGUGUUUUUUUUUUUUUCAAAAUGGGUGAAACCACAAGCAAGGAUGGAUAGAGUCCUUCCAACUGACAAAGAUUAACUGCACUUCAUCUUUAUCCGUUCUUAGCUAAAGUCACUAAAGUCGGUGCUAAAUCCUGGUCACACUGCCCCUUAAUCUUAAACUCCCUGUUUUGUAAAUGCCAUCCUACAUUCAAAGUUAUACUUAAUUCAAUUGUUUGGGUUUUGUUUCAUCACAUAUUCACCUUACACAAAUCAUUUUUUUUUUUGACACCCACACAUGGAAAAAAUCAAAAAAAAAUUUAAACCAAGUGUAGUUGAAGAACAUCAUCAUCACCAUCACCCUCAUUUCCUAGCCCUUUCUCAGACUGAUCACAGAAUAAAUGCCUUAAAAUGCUUUUCUGAUUACUGAAUAAACUGGCCAACAAACUGCCCAUGAAGGUCUUAGCCAUUAGUGCAGAUCUUUAUCUCCGGCAUGAAUGCCCUGGUCAAUGACUUGCAAACUUUAUUUGUAGAUUGAAACUACGCCCACUCACAGUACGCAGUUCACAAGUUCCAAAUCAGCGGAAGAAACGGAAGGUUCAAAAGGAUUUGAAGAAUUUGAACGAAACUUGAUCGAAGCCUCAAAAGGAGCCCUAAAGUUUGACACGUUGAAGUACGACCUGCAAAAAUUUGUAGAGGAAGCAAAGACCCAAUCAGCUAACUUGGGUAGAAUAAUGGAUCAACGCAAACAGCAACGAAUACAGCGAGUCUCACGAAGGAUGAGGAACAUCUCUGAUGCAGAAACAACCAUAAACACCCAUCUCUCCCAAAUUUCAGGCGCCCUUAUUGACGUCAUGGGGCGUCUUCAGCAAGACCGCGAAUUGAGGGCAUUCAAAGAUCAAAUAGAACGCGAUCUGCGGAACCGAGUUUCAACGAAGAAUGCUUUAGAAAGAUGUCGCGAUGGCCUUAAUCAGCGACUACAGGAGAUGGUGGAACAAGACAGAGAGCUGAAGACGCACUUAGAUGAAAUAUGGAAUUGUUUGACGCAAGUCGCAGAUGGGCCAGGCAGACUGUCUCUCCAACUGAAUCAGCCCAUGUGGAGAAGCGAAGAUUUCCAACUGAACGAGAAUUCUUUCCAGGAUAAUAGUUUACGUUCAUGCUUGGUUAACCCAAGUUUGCCAGCCAGAAUGAUAUGUUAUGGGCUGCUCGGAGCAAUGACUGUGGGGGGGAACGCGGGUAAGUGUUGAAAGUGUUCUCCUGCCGCUGAAGAAUUACUUAAAUACAGCUCUUGUUUUCUUAUUUCGUCACAACUAAACAAUUUGCGUUACGGAUAAAACUACAAAUAAAAAAUGAAAGCCAUAUUGCAAAAUUAAUCCACCGAAAGCUAACGAGAUGAUCAAUAUCUCUUAGAUACUACGUUCUAGUUUUAGACCGACAGCGUAUUUCGAUAAAAAUGGUUGUUUGUUAAAAUUAUGACAUCCAGGGGCGUUUGUAAUUAUUUUAUUGCUGUUGGUGUUUCAAGCAGCUUCAACCUGAAUUAAUAAACACAUAACAAUAACACAAGACCUUACGGUUUUUUGUCACAUCCAGCUCUGUUUUCUGCGGUUGGAGUUCCAGUGUUAAACAGUGUAUUACCGUGUACCGAUGUCUCUGAGUGGUUGAAGUAUGUUUGGCCCACAAGCGAUCAAGAGAUUAAAGCAGUCCAGGACUUCUUUGUAAACAGGCUCAGGAAUAUACACCAGGUAUGUUAAAAAAUUGCUUAUCCCUGAUUGGCUAGGUACACAAUGGGUAUUAUUUCCCGAAAAAAAAUCCCUGGGAUGCUUGCGGCCUUCUCAUUUUCCCGCCAUACACAGACCAGAUAGUGGUCGUGAUGAGUGCAUGAGAUAAAUUAUUAACUAUGCGAUACUUUCUCGUGGUACACCAUGAAUUUUCCACUUCUAACUUGGUUUUUCGCGUCAUGAAAAACUCUCAAUUAUCUUCACUGCAAGUUUUAAUAUCAUUCAGUAUAUUACCGCUUUUUGCAAAACAGGGGCGCCCCCGUAGUUGAAAUAGGUUUUGCCCCAAAACAGACUGAAGUGUUUAUAUGGGGAACUUUCAAUACGGUAGAUCGAUAUCUUGGAGAUAGAAAUUCAAGAUCUCAUCUGGCCUGGUUCACUCCCCACUUGAAUUCAUUAAUGCAAAGAAAAUUGGAAUGAAGCAAGAUCCUCGGAUAAACCGAGCCCUGCGGAGAAAGCCUGACAGAAUGCACUUGAAUUAAGUGAACCUGACGACCAGGCAAUAACGCUCACUGAAAUUGUAAGAAAAAUGUUUCUUUACACACUGAUCUCGGUGUGGUCCAAAUGAACAACAACAAAGCAAAUGACAACCCGUGUAUUACACUGAAACAAAACUGUAUUGCUGAUGUGAUGGGGCGCACGGCUACUUUAAAAUCAGUCAAUAAUGCAGACGUAUAUGUAUGUACCUAGAAAUUUUUUGUGAUUUAAACAUUAUAGCAUGUUUUCAAGGCCUCUUAAAUUGAAGAUAAAUCUGUUUAAUAUAGAGAGUAUUUUUAUGAAAAAUGUAAACUCGAAUGUCGUUAUUAUUCAUUAUAGGAGAAAACGCAAGAAGUGGAAAUUGAUGGAAUAAGUGGCCUGAGAGAAACAUCUAACUUGAGAAUUCGCGGAGUCAAGAGAUCGCUUGAGGACGACCUGAGGUUUAUUCAAGAUGGGGACAACUUCUUAAACAAACGAAUAAGAGUAACAGAUACCUUGCAGAAUACUUUCGAGGGAUUUGAAGAUAAAGUUCAGGAUAUCUGACUAUCUUGAAAGACAGCCUCCAUUU